AUGUCCAAUGACAGAGCCAAAGAUUCCGCCGGUGGAUCAUCACGAUCGGCGGGUGAUCAGAACCAGCCGCGGGCACCAUUGAGCCGAUACGAGUCGCAGAAACGGAGAGAUUGGAACACCUUUGGGCAGUACUUGAAGAACCAGAGGCCUCCAGUUUCACUAUCGCAGUGCAACUUCAGCCAUAUUCUUGAGUUCCUUGGUUAUCUUGAUCAGUUUGGAAAGACUAAAGUUCACUUACAUGGGUGUGUCUUUUUCGGACAACCCGAGCCACCUGGUCCAUGUACAUGUCCCCUCAGACAAGCUUGGGGAAGCCUCGAUGCACUGAUCGGACGGCUUAGGGCUGCGUAUGAAGAGAAUGGUGGAUCACCACAAUCAAACCCUUUUGGGAAUGGUGCUAUUCGGGUUUUUUUACGUGAAGUUAAGGAAUGUCAAAGUAAAGCAAGGGGGAUUCCGUAUAAGAAGAAAAAGAAGAAGAGGAAGAUUCAAAUCAUCGAUGCAGACGAUGAAACGAAGCCUUCGAAACAGCUCAGUUAG